AUGUCUUCAUAUAAACUGGAAAAACUGAAGCUACCACCAGGUUAUAAACCGGGAAAGUGGAGACCAUUUCAUGUUGCGGGCCCAACAUCCCUAACAAUUGAAAGGACGGCUAUUACAAGAUUCGAUCAUUUUUUGAUCUUCUUAUUGUUAGGUCUCUGCGUUCUAAUUAGAUUGUAUAAUAUUCCAUAUCCUAAUAAGGUUAUAUUUGAUGAAACCCAUUUUGGUGGAUAUGCAAGGAGUUAUUUCACAGGAGAAUUUUUUGUUGAUGUACAUCCUCCGUUAGCCAAGCUAGUGUACUAUGCGAUUGCAAUCUUGUGUGGAUGGAAUGGAGAUUUUGAAUUUGCUGAGAUAGGAGAUAAAUUUGAUGAUAAUGUUCCUUAUGUGGCAAUGAGGUUGUUUUCAGGUAUUUGUGGAGUGUUGUCAGUUGUACUCACCUAUGGAAUUCUAAGAGCAUCUAACUGUAGAUCAGCAGUGGCAUUUUUUGGUGCAUUGCUAGUUUUAAUUGAAAACUCCCUAGUUACCCAAUCAAGAUUGAUAAUGCUUGAUGGCCCAUUGAUAUUUGGAGUGGCAUUCUCUGUUUUGGGGUUCAAAAGAUUUCAAUUGGCAGAACCAUUUACAAAGAGAUGGUUUAAAUUCUUAAUGAUGACAGGUAUAGGUUUAGGUAUUACGAUGUCUAUUAAAUUGACUGGUCUAUUUACGGUCGCAUGGGUCGGAAUAUUGACUAUAUUUCAAUUAUGGAGCUAUCUCGGUGAUUUGGAAGUUUCCGAUAGACAAUGGUUUAAACAUGUAUAUUUUAGAGUAUUUGGGUUGAUAAUUGUUCCUAUGACGAUCUACUUGGGUUGUUUUGCUAUUCAUUUUAUAAAUCUUCCAUUCAAUGGACCUGGAUCUGGUGCAGUUUCGCCAAGUUUCAAGGCCACAUUCCAAGAUUCUCAAGAUUUCAGAAACACCCCAGUGGAGGUCUCAUAUGGUAGCACAGUUACAAUUAAACAUAAAAACAUGGAAAGCUAUUUGCAUUCCCAUGACCACACAUACUACACCGGUUCGCAUCAGCAGCAAGUUACGCUUUAUGGAUUCAAUCCGGAUGAAAACAAUGAAUGGAUUAUCGAAACCAAGAAUAAAAGUCCACUCGGCCAAUUGCAAGGAAAAUUCAAAGCAGUCAAAGAUGGUGAUAUUGUGAGGUUAUACCAUAAGUCAACAGGAAAAUAUCUUACUGUUAAUGACGAAAAACCUCCAAUUUCAGAACGAGAUUAUUCCAACGAAGUGGCAUGCUCAGGUGAUCGUGAUAUGUUAGGCAAUGAAGAGUAUGAAUUCAAGAUAAGAAUAAUUAAAAGUGAAAGCCAUUCUACUCUGAAUCUUCCUAUGAUUAAACUCAGAGCAACAGAGACUAUUUUUCAGUUGGUUCACCGUGCUAAAGGAUGUGUUGUAAUCGCUCAUGAAGACAAGUUACCAGGUUGGGGAUUUAACCAGAAUGAAGUUUUAUGUAUUGACCAACCAACGAUUCCUAACACCAUGUGGUAUAUUGAAAGCAAUUCUCAUCCUGUACUUGACAAUAAUAGUGAAUACGAAAGGGUGCAUUUUAAGAACUAUUCGUUCUUUGACAAAUUAAUUGAAUAUCAUUUUGCGAUGUGGAGAAUUAACAAAAGCUUUACAGAUAAACAUCCUUAUUCGUCAGGUCCAGAAUCCUGGCCAUUUUUGUUAAGAGGAAUCAACUUCUUCAGUAAUGAAGCCGGAUCGUCUGAUAAAUUGCACGAUGAAGAUGGAAGUCACAUUUAUUUAUUGGGUAACGUUGCUAUAUAUUACAUUGGGUUUAUACUAGUUUCUCUUGUGAUCACAAAGAACAUAAUCAAUUUAUUCAAGAUUAUGAAUCCCUUUGGUUUGCCAUAUGAUCCUCCCUUUAUAUCGACCUUGCAGUCGAAUGGGCUUGAAUUCGUUCUUGGAUGGAUGUUACACUACUUUCCAUCUUACCAGAUGUCGAGACAAUUGUUCUUACAUCAUUAUCUUAGUUCAUUGUUCUUCUCAAUUUUGGUCAUUGCCCAGUAUACUGAAUACCAAGUGACUAAGAGAAAAGUAUUUGGAUACUUGUGGAUGUUUUCUAUUUCAUUAUUGGCUAUUUACUGUUUCGUAACGUUUACUCCAAUAAUAUAUGGGUUAGACUGGAGUAGAAGUGAGUGCAACCAUGCCAAAUGGUUUCCAUCGUGGGAUUUCAAUUGUAUGACAUACACCCACUAA